GGCAACGCAGGUCGGGAUAAAAACGCUCCUCUGCACUACACCGUGAAUUUAUUUGGAUCCGUAUGCUCUACAGGAUUGUUCUAAUACGCUAAUAUAACAAGAUUAUAAGCAUAAAAAAUUGAAACAAAUAGUCAAAGUGAGCAAAGAGGAAAGCGUUUGAAUUUUUCUAAGAAAUCCGGAGGCGCUAUCAUAUUCCGCAGAUCACCCUUCUGUCUUCGUGAUCUCAUAGUGUGGGAAUGGGACAUGAUGGAGGAUAAAGGGCCCCGUGUAGCCGACUACUUUGUGGUUGCUGGCCUCACUGACUCAUUCAAGCCCCUGGAGGAGGACCUGCACUUCGAUGAUGCCGGCACCAAGUCUGUUAAACCCAAAGCCCCUAUUACCGACGUUGCUGUAGUGAUACGAUCCCUCGGCGAAGAGGUGCCCUUGGGCUUCACCUGUGUGGAGAGCACCCCCUCUGGCCUUUCAGCAGAGCUUAAUGGCGCCAGCCUUCGGGGCCCGCAGAUCUUCUUGUGCUACAAGAGAGGCAGAGAUAAGCCUCCACUGACAGAUCUCGGUGUUCUGUAUGAGUGGAAAGAGAAGCUGAAGCCUGGAUGCCACAUCGUUCAGACCACACCCUCAGGGCGCCCCGCCAACAUCAGCAGCUCGUCUUCCCAACGCAUCUACAUCACGUACCGGCGUGCGCCGAAGAGCCAGCCUCACACCUCCCUGGCUGUCACCGAAAUCUGCGUCAUUGUGCCUGGCAAGGGAGAGACGCCUCCUCACACCUUCUGCAAGGUGGACAAGAACCUCAACAGUAGCAUGUGGGGAUCUUCGGUCUACCUUUGCUAUAAGAAGUCUCUUGCUAAAGCUAACACAAUCGCAUACAAAGCAGGUUUGUUGUGCAGGUAUCCUGAAGAGGACUAUGAGUCUUUCCCACUGCCUGAGUCCGUCCCGAUGUUCUGCCUGCCCAUGGGGGCGAUGAUUGAGUGUUGGCCAGCUCACACCAAACACUCUCUGCCCGUUUUCUCCACAUUCGUACUGACGGGUGCUUCUGGAGAGAAGGUGUACGGAGCAGCCAUCCAGUUCUAUGAGCCUUACCCAGAGGAGAACAUUUCGGAGCGUCAGCGCUCACAACUCGGCCUGCCGAGCUGUCAUCUUGGACCUGACAGCAGCAGAAAUAUUUACAACAACAAGAGCAUCUGUUUACUCUCACACUGGCCCUUCUUCCAGUCCUUCAAGAGCUUUCUCACCUUCCUCUACAGAUAUUCCAUCUCUGGGCCACAUGCACUGCCAAUUGAAAAGCACAUAUCUCACUUCAUGAAAAAUGUUCCAUUUCCCUCCAUCCAGAGGCCAAGAAUCCUUGUCCAGUUGUCGCCACAUGACAGCCUAAUUCUGAGCCAACCAGUGUCCUCUCCACUGCCUCUCAGCGGUGGGAGUCUCUCCACACUUCUGCUGAAUUUGGGGCCUAAAAAUGCAGUCACUCUGCUUGUGCUGGCCGUCACUGAGCACAAGAUCCUGGUUCAUUCCUUACGUCCAGCUGUUCUCACCAGUGUCACUGAGGCUCUUGUGUCUAUGAUCUUUCCUUUCCACUGGCCUUGCCCCUACAUCCCUCUGUGUCCGCUGGCCCUGGCAGAUGUUCUUAGCGCACCCUGCCCUUUUAUCGUGGGUUUGGAUUCUCGAUACUUUGACCUUUAUGUGCCUCCCGCUGAUAUCAGCUGUGUUGAUUUGGACACCAACACCAUCUCCCAAAAAGACGAAAAGAAGGCUCUAACAUGGAAACUCUUGCCCAGGAGAGCCUGUAAACAUCUUCUGAACAGCCUGAAUAAGCUCUAUCAGCAGCUUACAGACGGUUGCCAGUUAAACCGUGAUGAUGUGCAGAUGGACCACACAAUGACUGACAGUGAGCUUUACGGAGGAAAGAGCCUCCACACUCUUGAGCUGGAGAUCCAAGAAGCUUUCCUCCGCUUCAUGGCAGCCAUCCUUCGAGGCUAUCGCUCCUACCUGCAGCCCAUCACCCAAGCUCCCUCUGAGAAAACCACAGAUGUCACCUCCCUGUUUGACCUCCAAGGCUUCCUGAAGAGCAGAGACCGCUCCCAUCAGAGGUUUUAUUCCCUCAUGACGAAGACUCAGAUGUUCAGUCGCUUCAUUGAAGAGUGCUCCUUUGUCAGUGAUAAAGAUGCCAGCCUGGCUUUCUUUGAUGAGUGUGUUGAUAAGUUAUUCACCUCUGGUAGCAAGAUGGAUAGCGAGCGGCCAGAGGACACCAGGCUGAUCGAGCUGGAUGAAUCCCACCGCAGUGAGCACACGGUUUAUAUCAACCCACCAGAACUGCCUCCUCUGCCUCAAGGAGAAGAACAUCCUCUGUGCUAUAGCUACUCCGGGUUCCCGGUUCUGAGAUCUGAUCUUUUGGAGACCAUGGAAGGACCAAAUUCUAAUUCAGCAGGCAUUGCUCCACGCCACAGCACCCCAGCCAGUCCCACGGCCAUCUUUAGACGUUCAAAACAGGAGAUCAAAUCCGCUCAGAAGAUGGCCAAAACACAUUCAUCUAUGCCUCAGAUGUGGUCUAAGUGUUUGCUUCGGCACUGCUACGGCUUGUGGUUUAUUUGCCUGCCAGGGUUUGUGGGAAACUGUCACUCCAAGGUGCGAGCAUUGCGGACCGCUUACGAUGUCUUAAGAAAGAUGCAGGACAAGAAGCUGCAGGCUCCUGAUGAGGUGUGUUACCGUGUGCUGCUGCAGUUGUGCGGUCAAUACAGCCAACCAGUGUUGGCCGUCAGGGUGCUGUUUGAGAUGAAGAAGGCAGGAGUUCAGCCCAAUGCUAUAACUUAUGGAUACUAUAACAAGGCGGUGUUGGAGAGCACCUGGCCCUCCACAACCAGAGGAGGAUAUUUCUUGUGGGGGAAACUGAGGAAUGUGAUACUCGGUGUGCUUCAGUUCAAGCAGGCAGGAAAAAAGCAACAGACUCCACACAAAGACCCCCAGCUUUCAGAUGGCAGUGAUCUCGACACAGUCAGCCAUGGCAGCUUAGACAGCACUAAUGACUCUGCGGAACGCACGUCCAUCGAUACUGACUUCACUAAAAUGGACUCCAGUGAUGAUGGAUUGAGUACAGGUGGGCAGUCUGAUCAAGGCUACGAUUCCUUGUCAAAGGAGGAAGAGAGGCUGUGCAACAGAGAAAGCGAUAACUCGGCACCAGUGGAGGAAAAAGGGUUGAGGCAGCCCAACUGUGGCACCAGGGUUGCUUCCAGCCCUAAUGAGACUCAGCUUUGCCCAGCGCUGCCAAAGACAGAGAGACCCAAAUCUUUGGACUUGUUUGGUGGACAGGGAUUAGUGAUGCUCACCGUCCCCCUAGUUGGUUCAACCAAGCAGCACCAUCUCACUGCUGACAGAUUGUAUGGUGUGGAAGAAGAGGAUACAGAGAUUGACAAGCAAAAAUCAGUCGGGGAGAGACAGCGAGAUAGAGAAACGGGGUAUGAUCCCUUGUCACAGAUGGGGGCAGCAGGGACAGAACAGCAGUGUGACCCGGGUAAGGGUAGCUCACCUCCUGCCGAAGAGACUGAAAUGUUCAUAAAUAACAGCAACAGCCCUUUGAACAGCCGCUCACCCAGUAUGGAAAUGCAGAGUUCCUCUAGUCCACUGUUUCGCUCCAGCUCGUCAGCUCACACAUCCCCACAGUCCUCCACGCUCACCUGCUCCAACACACACCUCUCACUCCCCUUGAAAUCCAAGGAGAGGUUGAAGCCUUCGCCAUCUCUUCCUAUGGGCAUGUGUAACAAAGACGGGGAGAGACCUUCUUCCUUGGCUUUGCCUUCCUCGCCCAGUCCAUCCACCUUGUCAUUCUCCAUGGACUCACUGUUGACUCCGACUUUGGAUAUCGUCAAGAGCAGCGUCAUAUCCGCAGGAAAGGGUGUGGCGGAGAAGGCCAGUCGCCUCUACUCCCGUUUGUCAUCACAGACAUCAUUGACACAGGAUGGGAACAGUGAUCGUAUGAGCGUUUCUUCUCUGACCUCAGCCGAAGUAGAAUGCUCCUCGCUGCUGGAUAGCGACGCCUGCCUGGAUCUUCAUGGCUUCACUUCACCUCAGCAUGGGAGCAUGUCCCGGGUCAGGAGGAGCCCUGCCGCAGCUCACCAAACCAACCUGAGCAGCCCCAGCAGCCCCACAAGAGUGUUCAGACAUAACUCCUUCUCUGGCAGUUUAGCUCUUCAUUCUAAAGGCCCACGCACUCCAGAUUCUUCUCCUGAUGUCAGCCGCUUCCAGCCCUGUCCUAAUUACACCAUAGAGGUGAUGAUGUCUAGCUGCUCACUUUGUAAAACAUGUGACUGUCUGGUGUAUGAUGAAGAGAUCAUGGCCGGUUGGACAGCAGAUGACUCAAACCUCAACAGCACCUGUCCUUUCUGUGGCACUGCCUUCCUGCCUUUCCUCAAUGUGGAAAUCAAAGACCUGAGACCACAGAAUAGGCCUUCUAAGUGGAGUAAUCCUGUUAAAGAGGAGGACACGUCUGCAUCACUCUGCCCCGAAGCCAAAUUGUCUGAGGCAGCUCAGCCAUCUGCGUCUCCUGCUCUGGAGCGGGAGAGCAGCUGGAGUGUUCGCAAUGAUGCCCCAGCCUUGGCACAAGCAUCAUCUCCUGAUCCGGUGACAGUGCCGUACCUGAGCCCCCUGGUUCUCUGGAAGGAGCUGGAGAGCCUACUGGUGAACGAGGGAGACCAGGCCAUCUCUUCCCCGAGCGUCGUUGACCAACAUCCCAUCGUCUUCUGGAACCUUGUGUGGUACUUCAGAAGACUGGAGCUGCCCAGUAACCUGCCUGCUCUUAUCUUGGCUUCCCAACAUUGUAGCCAUGGUGACCAGAUUCCCCAGACUGCUGCAUCUGAGGACAGCAAGCAGGUGCUAGUGAGGAUUAUGUGGGACAACCUGAAGCUACACAAAGAUAAAGUUCAACCCUGCUAUGUCCUGUGGAACACACACUGUGCCAACUCUUUGAUCCGCUCUGGGUUGUGUGAAGAAGGGCAGCUCUUCACUGUGGAGCUGCUGCAGGGCUUUGUGAGGAGCAUCAAGAAGAGCGACGUUUAUCAGCCCAUGAGCCAGACCAUCCAGCUGCUGGGGCCCGAGUUGGGUUUCAAGAGACAGAGGAGCCUCUACAGAGAUUUACUGUUUCUAACUCUUGUGGCUUUGGGGAAGAAUAACAUUAAUAUCAAUGCCUUUGAUCGGGAGUACAGGUUGGCUUAUGAUCGCCUCUCCCCCAACCAAGUUAAACUGACACACAACUGUGACAGGCCUCCGGGCGCUGGGGUCAUGGAGUGCAGGAGGACGUUUGGAGAGCCCAGUUUGUGAACGUCAUAAUUAUUUUAAAUGUGUAUAUACAGUAUGUAUAUAUAUAUAUAUAUAUAACUUCAACCACAGUCACUGCUGCUGUCAUGUUGGACUGCUCUUCACACUCAGGACCAGCUCACCUGACUUGGGCAUGGAGCUUUUAGUAAGCACAAUGGAAAAAUCCCCCCUUAAUGCAAAGCAACUGCCAUGAGUCUCUUGUACUGUUAGAGCUGAGAGGUAUGAAGGCCUUGUGUUUAUAUACAUUGGAGAAAAAUUACCAUAUUUUGAAUAUCCCUGUAGUAACAUGUUUGUACAGUUGUAAUACAGUCUAUUUUAUGACUUUGUGUUGAAGCUGUGAAUAAGUGGGAAAAUGUGAAUAUAAGAUCACAUUAUAAAAAGGUUCUCAGUGGUCCUGGUGACCUUGUUUAGACUGUUGUUGCUAUUAGAUUUUUGUGAUUUUACAAAGCACUUUGACAGGAUGAGCUGUGUGUUCUCUGUUAGAUAACUCAGUGGUCCUGCAACCAAAGCUACAAAGUCACGCUUCAUUUAGCAUUUGCAGGAGUUGCUGUACUGACAUUUGAGUUGGAUUUAUUCAAUAAAGUUGAGUCUACUUGUACUAACAUGAACUCUGUAAAACUAUAGCAUGUUCAUUUAUAUUGGAUAAAUUAAACCAUAUGGUAAUAACAACACUGGUUUGGAACCAAUGAGGUAAAAAUGAAUUAACACAUAUCUCCUGCAUUGACUCAUUCAUCCGUUUUAACAAUGCUCUUAAAGAGACCCAGUAGGGAAUAUUAUUUAUAUUAUUCACAGAUUUCCAAGCUUUUGUAAAGAGGUAAUUAAAAAGUUAUGUAUAAUAUUCAGCCAUAAAAGGAUAUCCAAAACAGUGUAAUCAAACUAAAAGUAGUGAAAUUGAUUAAAUGUUUUGCUUUUUUGUUGUUUAGUUUAGUUUUGUUUUUUUACAAAUAAUAAUUGUCAUAGGUCCUGUAAAUGUACAGAAUGUUUGUAUUUUGUAAGUUUUGUUUUUGGUGUAGAUUUUGAAUUCUUGUUCAACUGUGCACUGUUAAUUGUGAAUAACAGGUCAAAAAAGAUUUGAACACUCUACUACUUUGAAUAGUUGCCAGAGUUUAUUUGCACUGUAAUCAUCACCCAAAAUUUACACGAUUAAGCUCUGGCCUGCCCAAAUUUAAUCUCACUUUAAAAUUGAGUGUGAAACUUCAACAUCUUAAUACAGCUUAACAAAAAAAACAACAACUGAGAUUCCAUUUAUAUUGAGCUUCACAAUAAUUUCCGAUGAUAUAAUGCUGGAUAAGUCAAGGUUGUGUGCUUGGCUCGAACACCAACCUCAAAACAUGUAAAUCUGCAUUAUCACCACCUCAUAAGUGUCUGAAAACCACUGAUGACCAAAAUGUAAUGUUAUGUCUAAUGUGAUGUUUACACUGUCAACUUUAACAAUGUUUCUGAAGUGUUAUUUAUUGUUUGUAACACGGAUACUAAUUUGUAUGAUUUUUACAAAAAGAAGAAAAUUUCUUCCCUGAGCAGAUCAAUACUUUGCCUUCAUUUAUGAAUAAACACGUUUAUCAAGUGAA